GCUGAACAACUGAAGAGAGCAGAGGACCUAUGGAGACAAAGAUCAAGGAUCUAGUGGUUGAAAAAAGUCCACACUACAACCAGCUUCUUCUGUUUGCAGUUGUCCUAAUGUCAACUGUUUGGAACUGGAGAAACAAGAUCUGUCAUAGAGGUGCUAAGCUUGAUUUGAUUGUGAUGCUACAAGAGGUUUCUAAAGCCUUCAAUGAACACCAGCAAGCUCGAACUCAAGAAGGGACAAUAACAAGAAGGAAUGCAGCAAGGAUUCAUGCCCAGAAUGGAUGGACUAAACUGUAGGAUGACACAAUAAAAAUAAUGUGGAUGCUGGUAUAGAUAAUGAGGAAUCGUAUAUUUCAGCACUAGCCAGGAAUGCCCAAGGGAAGCUAACAAAGCAGCUCAUGCGUUGGCUAAAUGGGGAUUAACUGCAAAGCAUGAAGGCUCCUUACUGCCAGUAGAACUCCCACCAGCAGUUAGCAAGAUUGCGCUCCAGGAGAAAGGGCAGAUUAGAACACCCAACCAACAGUAACG